UCCCAUACGCAAUCGCCUGAUUUGCUUUUUCUGCUUUAUUUCGUUUUCGCUUCCCUACUAGUACGCAUUGAAAGAAAACACCUUCACCAGAAGAUUUUCCUGUACGUAUUCCACAUCCAAACUACCUAUCGGUGCCUGAUGAACAGAUUGAUUUUCAGUUGUAUUUGAUAAAGUUUUCCCUCGCGAAUGAGUGAAGAGAACGACAAGGACCAAGACCCCGCCGAGCCGGAGGAUCCGGAGGAGGGGUCGGCGCUCAAAAGCGGCACCAACUCUGCCUUGGGCGAUGACGACGAGGAGGACGAAAACGCUGGUACAACGUCCGACUCCGGAUCGGGGGGCGGGUUGCUCGCGCGCCUCGAGGCCGCCGCGGAGGCGGAGGAGCAGGCGUUCCAGGAGGAGCAGGCCGCGGAGGUGGAGACGGUGGAGACCGAAGAAACCCCUCCGCCACCCCCGCUGACGCCGCUGCAAAAAUUUUGGAAGAAAGUUUUACCACCCAAGUACGCGAAGAGGAUGGGCGUGCCGGGUAUCCCCGACCCGCCGCCCGUCCCGCCGACCGAAGUGGAGCUGUUUCAGCAGCGGAUGGACGACUUGAGCCAAGCGUACACGGACUAUGGUGUGGGCGACCCGGUCCGUAUUUUCAAGUGCAUUCCGGAGGACGACGCGCCGGACGGAUACGUCACCGAGUACGAAACAGAGACGGACGAGGAGCCUGUCGCUCCUGGUGGUGCGAACGCUAAUGUGCUCCAAGACGGAGUUGCUGUUGUUCCUGCGGCCCCGGGAGAGCAGAUAACGCAGGGAGAAGGCGGGGCCGCCGGAGCGCCGCCGGUUGUGGUCCCACCGGUCAACAUCGCUUCUAUCAACGGGCAACAAGAGGGGCAACAGGUGGAUGGCGCGGCAGCAGGUGGUGUACAACAGGAGGGAGGUGCAGCUCUAGCUGAAGGCUCUGCAGUCCCUGCACCCCCAGCAGGGGAGGGUGCCGCUGCAACCAGAGAGAACACCGCUUCGCUGCCAGCCUCUUCCCCGGCACCCGAAUCCGCGGUCGCCAGUGCGGCCGCGGCCUCGGAACCGCCCGUCUUGGCGAGCGACAAAUCGCCAGAAUCCAGCGCAGAAAGGAAGGAGGGCACGGUAUCGGAGACGCAGACGCAACAAGGAAGUUCGCCGCAAUCGCAGGCUGCAGUACCGCGAGCAGAUGGGCAGCAGCCGCCUGGCGUUCCGCUACCGGACGGAACCGUCGCGGGUGGUGAGCCGCCAGCAGCAGCGGGGCACCAGCCAGAAACUACAGGAGAAGCGCCGCAAGAAGGUGAACCAGAACCUGCGGAAAAGAAGAAGCGGAAGCGCAAGGUUUACUACAGCCAGAGCGGAAAAAAGGUGCAGAAGCACGUAGUUGACGGAGUUCCCCGGUACGGCCGGUGGGUGCGCGGUCGUGUCGUCGAGGAGCACGAGAACACGGUGCUAGUCGCCGUCGGGGAGCGCCGGUACGACCCGCAGCGCAGUUUGAAGAAGUACCAGAAAGUCGCGGACGCGAAGCUGCGACUGAUGGAAAAAUACAGCAGCUAUUUGCGGCCGCGCGACGAGACGCAGUCCGUGAAAUUGCGGUCGAUCAUGAACAAGGGCUUGCGGAAAAAAUGGGUUUUAGCCGGCCGCGAUUUCUUCACUGGUGAGAAAAAACGGUUCGGCGAGGACGAAGAGACUGUGCAGGAGCAAGCGCACAAAUUUCGCCGCAUGGCCUCGCAAUCGCUGCUGGAGGCCAGCGCCAGUACGCUUGACGUUUCGAAGGAGGUGGGGAAAGACGCAAAGUCAACCGGGAAAUCGUUGACACGAUCUUUGACCUCAGCCCUGUUUCCCGACAAAACCCCGAUCCACUCCAUCGGGAUUCCGGAGGAGAACGAACGGGUGUACAACAAAAAGAACGGAAAAUCGAGCUUAGCGCCAGAGGAAGGGACAGUAGAGUACGUGUUGGCAUUAUCCGGUCUGACCACAGGCGAAAAGGACGAGAUCAUCCACAUCAUAGCCGACUCGCGCGUGAAAAUUGAGCCGCAAUUGACGGCGAUGUGGUUCGACAAGGAAGACUGCCAGUUCAAAUACGGGGACGUGGGAUACACGCCGGAUAAAUGGGCGAGGGAGCAAACAGACGGGAAAAAACCAAUGUACUUUUUUCAUGUAGACAUAGCUCUUUCGAAGUGUUGUACUGUUUGUUGUGAAGGCUGUCACUUAAUAAAGUAUGUCGUCGCCGUAGUUGUUCCCUGCUACUAGAUAGGACGUCGAACAACGACCACACGAGAAUCGUUUUCCGCUUAAUUUCCACCUAACCAAAAAAACCUUUCACAGAGCCGACUACCCGCUCGCGCGGCUAGACCCAGUUCCUUCCCUCGAUUCGGAGACCGCGGCCCUGGCGCAAAUUCACGAGAUCCACCAGGACACGGGGCUGCGCUUCAGCGAGGAGCAGAAGAAAGAGCAGUACUUCGACGAGAAAAGGAUGAUCUGGAUGGCGCGGCCCAAGAAGGUGCAGGCACCGCCGGUCGAAAUCUCGAAGGAGUACCUGGUCACGACCGGGAAGGGAAACAAACCGCUCUACGUCGUGCAGGGGGGCGUCAAGGCCUACAUUCCCAACAGCGAGCGACGGCUGGAAGCACUGGAAGGCUGA